GCCCCUCAUCCCUGGUUUCCAGCGCAGUGAUUUGUGCCUUGCAUCUUGAUUUCCAACCUCUCUUUGCUGCACAACACAAUUGCAUCCUCCAUCCUCCAUCCUCCAUCCACUUUCCCACUCUUCCACUCUCCCACUCUCCUCUCCCAUCCUCCUCCUACCACCUGCACUGCGAGCGAUGUCCAACUUCAUCACCAAUCUGUUCCCCUCUAAUCAAGGGGGCCAACAGGAAGAUAUACCCCGCAUCGGCCAAAAUGAGAGACCCAGCACACCCGUUGGCAACAACUUCAUGACUCCCGUCUCGACUCCUCAAGGAAGCCCAAGCAAGAAGCAGAAUCCGCCAGGUGCACACGAUCUUCCUAAUGUUUUCGAGAAUGCCAUGAAGAUCGCACCUCCAGCAGUAGGAACUCCAACCACAACUAGAAGCGGACGCCCGUUGACUGCCAACUCCCCAGGAAAAGCAAAUGCGCUCACGACGGACGAAUCAUUCUUCGCAAACUCACCUGCCAAUGUCGAUGAUAGUGUCGUAUAUAAGUCCAUCUCCCCAGGCAGCCCUCUUCGAAAACAAGGUCAAGAGAACACGCCGCCAGCAUCGCGCCAUGGACUGGACGCCGCCACUCAGAACCUGGCUGCCAUGUCAAGACAGGAGCUUUACCAGCCAAGGGAUCAAGGAUCUAUAGCAAACAGAAGUGGAAAAGUCAACACGCAGCGUGGAUUGACCUCAGAAGAAUUGGAGAUUAUGCACAAACCCAACGUGAAGCGUCUUGCAAAUGUCACACAACUCUGUAAGUUGGGCAGCAGCUACAUGACCUACACCGCUGAUAACUCGCAGAUUUCCUUGACUACUAUCUCGAUCUGAUAACCUAUGUUGGAUCCCGUCAAAAUCGUCUCAGCCAUUUCCAAGCCGAAUUUCCUGCACCUCCUGCUACCCCCGAAGAAACAUAUAAUCCGCUAUGGCAAAAGUAUGCCGGACGAGAGCGUGCAAACCUCCGAAAGCGUCGAGUUCGUCUACGACAGGGAGAUUUCCAGAUUCUUACACAAGUUGGACAAGGUGGUUAUGGACAAGUUUUCCUUGCUCAGAAGAAGGAUACAAGAGAGGUGUGCGCGUUGAAGGUCAUGAGCAAGAAGCUUCUUUUCAAGCUUGAUGAAGUUAGACAUGUUCUCACCGAGCGUGAUAUCUUGACCAAUGCUAAGAGCGAGUGGCUUGUGCGAUUGCUUUACUCGUUCCAAGAUGAGAAGAGUAUUUACCUCGCAAUGGUAAGUUCAAGAAUGCCUAAGUUUAUGUGCCCAGCUAAUUAGUGUUCACAGGAAUACGUCCCUGGUGGAGAUUUCCGAACUUUACUCAACAACACCGGUGUGCUUGCGAACAGACAUGCUCGAUUCUAUAUUGCGGAAAUGUUUUGCUCCGUCGAUGCCCUUCAUCAACUUGGUUAUAUCCACAGAGAUUUGAAGCCCGAAAACUUUCUCAUCGAUUCUACUGGACACGUUAAACUCACCGAUUUCGGUCUCGCUGCUGGUUUCCUUGCACCUGGAAAGAUUGAAUCGAUGCGCGUCAAGCUUGAGAAAGUUGGAGAGACAUACGUACCAUUUGGUAAGCCAAUGGAACAACGAUCAAUCGCCGAACGCCGAGAAGGAUAUCGGUCGAUGAGAGACAAGGAUGUUAACUACGCAAAAUCAAUUGUUGGCUCCCCCGAUUAUAUGGCUCCAGAGGUUCUCAAGGGAGAUGAAUACGAGUACUCCGUCGACUACUGGAGUUUGGGAUGUAUGCACUUUGAGGCGCUGACUGGUUUCCCUCCUUUUGCUGGUGCAACAGUUGACGAAACAUGGAAGAAUUUGAAGCACUGGAGAGAAGUCUUGAAGCGUCCUGUCUGGGAGGAUCCAAACUAUUUCAUCAGUAACAGAACAUGGAACUUUAUUACAAGGUAUGUGCACAUUAAAAUAUGAAAUGACGAAAAGCUAACCUCGGUAGUUGUAUUGCCUCUAAAACUAAGCGAUUUCUUUCGAUCAAGGAAGUGUAUAGCCACCAGUAUUUCGCUGAAGUCGACUGGGAGACACUUCGUGCUCAACGUGCUCCUUUCGUGCCUGAACUUGAUUCUGAAACAGAUGCUGGCUACUUUGACGAUUUCAGUAGCGAGGCUGAUAUGGCUAAAUACAAGGAGGUUCAUGAUAAGCAGACCGCUUUGGAGAACAUGGCCGACAGAGAAGACCCGAUGAGCAAGAGCUUAUUUGUUGGAUUUACUUUCCGACACCGUAAGCCAGCACCAGAUGACAAUGCUAAGCCGAGUCCGCGAAAAGGCAUUGCCACAGAUGGGACAUUUGGCACAAUGCUUUAAAUGAAUUCCGUUGAGAGGAUUUCAUUUCAUGACUUUUUCAAAGAAGGUAGCGUUUUAUGGGGAGGUAGCACAACACCCGUUGAACGAGUGGGAUUAAUUCAAUGUAUCUGUAAUGAUUGGUUGCCUUGGUAUUGCGCAUAGGGAGGAGGGGUAUGGGGGGUUUCGGCUGGAGUUCAAGAUGACAACGCUAGGAAUGCUGCGCUGGGAAGGGGUGUAAUAUUAGGUAUCGAUAGAAUUU